CGGGACUGUAACCCAAGCCUGCGAUUCUACCAAUAACUUGCAUUGCAUUCCUUUGCCUUCAACGUUGGUUGGACUUUGGCUCGCUCGGGACCGACACAGACACGGGAGCUAAGCUGUCUAAGAUCUUAGCAUCCGCCAAUUCCCAAGAUAUAACCCCUGUUGUAAACGUGACUUGUUGGAUAUAAUGAUGAGGGUCGUCCCGUUUCUAUCAAGAGCUCCAUCGUUUUGACUAUAGCCUUUACCCUUUCUCACUUAUAUCUCUGCACCAUGGCUGGUUUAUUAAGACCGAUUCCUAUUGUUGUCUGCGGCAAGGCGGAAGUAGUUGGGAAAAUGGUCGUCGAGGGUCUGAAGCCCGAGUAUGAAGUAAUCCUCUUCUGCCUCGGCAGUAAGCCAACAGCCGCCGAGCUGCCUUUCAUCCUCCGCGGCACCGCGCCCCCAACUCAAAGUAGCACCAUCGGAACCGGCUCGUACUCCGCAACCCCCUACGCGGUGAUUAUGGGUGCGGCCUGGAGCGCCGACGACGUAGCCGACGUCAAGGCCGCCAUCGACGGGAACAUGCCACCCGACUCCGCCGUCCCUGCCCCCGUGCUGUUGCGUAACGACACCAGCAUACCUACCCCGAAGCCGCCAUCCCCUGAGUACGCCGCCCAGCUUGUCCAACGCAUCCGUGCUUGUCUCGGGAAGCUUGAAAAUGGAGAGAAGCCUGACGGGCCAGAUAAUGGAAUCGUGUGGUACUGAAUGGACUGACUAAAAUUCACUAUUUAUGGGACCCCCUACUGCGACAAAACCGAGAAAACGUUAGACUACUCAUGGGCAUCAAAAAUACAUGACGCUUCCUAUUAAGUAAAGAGGCAUGAGAUACAAUUGAAUGACUUCAGUAUUAGGUAUCUUAGAGCGUUGUGUACAUAGCCUAUCCUACACAAUGUAUCCGACCAAAGGGUAAAAUGUGACGGGAAGGGACACAACAAAUGCAA